AUGUGUGGUUUUCUUUUUCAGAAAUACAAGGAGUUCGAGCGGGCGGUGCGGGUGGAGGAAAUCGAUGGGCUGCGGCUGGUGAAGAGGUUGGCAGAGGACAUGGAGGAGAUGUUUCACAAGAAAGCUGAGGCAAUGAAGAGGCUGGUGGAGGCAGCAGAGGAAGCCCACCUACAGCACGAGGAGGAUCCAGACCUGCAGUAUGAAUACUUCAAUGCAGUGCUGAUCAAUGAGGUGGAUGAUGAGGGGAACAGCGUUGAGCUGGGGGGAGAAUUCCUGCUGCAGCCUAACGACCACUUUAACAACCUGUCCGUCAACCUCAGCCUCAGCGUGGUGCAGGUGCCGACCAACAUGUACAACAAAGACUCUGCGAUUGUCAACGGUGUGUACUGGUCAGAGGCCCUGAAUAAGGUGUUUGUGGAUAACUUUGAGAGAGACCCGUCGCUCAUAUGGCAGUACUUUGGCAGUGCCAAAGGCUUCUUCAGGCAGUACCCAGGGAUCAAGUGGAAGCCAGAUGAACACGGAGUCAUAGCUUUUGACUGUCGAAACAGGAAAUGGUACAUUCAAGCUGCCACCUCUCCAAAGGACGUGGUCAUCCUGGUCGAUGUGAGCGGCAGCAUGAAAGGCCUCAGGCUGACCAUCGCCAGGCAGACUGUCUCCUCCAUACUGGACACUCUUGGAGACGACGACUUUUUUAACAUCAUCGCUUACAAUGAGGAAUUGCAUUAUGUGGAGCCGUGCCUCAACGGAACUCUGGUCCAAGCAGACGUCACCAACAAAGAUCAUUUCCGGGAGCACCUUGACAAGCUGUUUGCUCAAGGCAUUGGUAUGUUGGACAUAGCGCUGACCGAGGCCUUCAAUCUUCUCAGUGAUUUCAACGAGACUGGGAGGGGCAGUGAAUGCAGCCAGGCCAUCAUGUUGGUGACAGACGGGGCAGUGGACACAUACGACGCCAUCUUUGCCAAGUAUAAUUGGCCUGAUAGGAAGGUUCGCAUCUUCCCUUACCUCAUUGGCCGAGAGUCCGCCUUCGCAGAUAAUCUGAAAUGGAUGGCGUGUGCUAACAAAGGCUACUUCACUCAGAUUUCCACAUUGGCAGAUGUGCAGGAGAAUGUGAUGGAGUAUCUCCACGUGCUGAGUCGUCCGAAGGUGAUCGACCAGGAGCAUGACACGGUGUGGACUGAGGCCUACAUCGAUAACACUCUCCCACAAGCACAAAAGAUGGAUGAUGGUCAAGGUCCGGUUUUAAUGACCACAGUGGCCAUGCCGGUAUUCAGCACCAAGAACGAGACUAGAAAUCGAGGCAUCCUCUUGGGAGUUGUUGGGACGGAUGUGCCAGUCUCCGAGUUGCUCAAGACCAUCCCCAAAUAUAAGCUGGGUAUUCACGGCUAUGCCUUUGCAAUCACUAACAACGGCUACAUCCUCACCCAUCCAGAUCUACGGCCACUUUAUGGAGAUGGCAAGAAGCGAAGGAAGCCAAACUACAGCAGUGUGGAUCUUUCCGAGGUGGAAUGGGAGGACAAGGAAGACGCACUGAGAAAUGCCAUGGUCAACAGGAAGACAGGGACCUUCUCCAUGGAGGUGAAAAAGAGUGUUGAUAAAGGGAAACGUGUUCUGGUCUUGCAUAAUGAUUACUACUACACAGACAUCCAGGGGACUCCUUUCAGUCUAGGGGUAGCUCUUUCCAGAGGCCAUGGGAAGUUUUUCUUCAGAGGGAAUGUCACAGUGGAGGAAGGGCUCCAUGACUUGGAGCAUCCUGAUGUAGCGCUGGCAGACGAAUGGACUUACUGCAACACAGACGAGCACCCAGAGCACCGCUACCUGUCCCAGAUUGAGGCAAUCAAAAUGUACCUCAGUGGACACGAGCCUCACCUACAAUGUGACAAGGAGCUGGUUCAGGAAGUUCUCUUUGAUGCGGUGGUGACUGCUCCUUUGGAGGCCUACUGGACGAGCCUCGUGCUCAAUAAAUCUGAGAAUUCUGAUAAAGGAGUGGAAAUAGCCUACCUGGGCACAAGAACCGGCCUGUCCAGAAUUAACCUGUUUGUGGUGCCCGAUGAGCUCAUGAACCAAGACUUCCUGACAGCUGAAGACAAAGAGGGGGUGUUCAACGCCGAUCACUUUCCCCUGUGGUACAAGAGAGCAGCAGAACAAGUUCCAGGAACCUUUGUCUACUCUCUGCCUUUCAAUACAGGAUCAGAAAACAAGAGUGUCGUAUUGGCCAGCACUGCCAUUCAGCUCCUGGAUGAGAGGAAAUCGCCCAUAGCUGCGGCUGUUGGCAUCCAGAUGAAACUGGAGUUCUUCCAGAAGAAGUUCUGGACAGCCAGCAGACAGUGUGCGGCAUUAGAUGGAAAAUGCUCCAUAAGCUGUGAUGAUGAGGACAUUAACUGCUACCUCAUCGACAACAACGGCUUCGUUCUGGUAGCAGAGGACUAUACUCUGACAGGGAAGUUUUUCGGAGAAGCAGAGGGAGCUGUAAUGAGUAAGCUUCUGCAGAUGGGCUCUUUCAAGAGGGUCACUUUGUAUGACUACCAGGCUCUGUGCUGGGUUUUUUCAGAAAGUAGUGAUAGUGGACACACACUGUUGGAUCCGUAUUUUGCUGUGUUCACAGCUGUAAAGUGGAUCCUGACUGAGCUUGUCAUAUUCCUGGUGGAGUUUAACUUUUACAGCUGGUGGCACUCUGACCUCACAGCGAAAGCUCAGAGGAUGGGUCGGUCCAUGCAGGUACCGUGUGACACAGAGUACCCAGCCUUCAUCUCAGAGAGAACCAUCAAAGAGAACACCGGCAACCUUGACUGUGAUGGAUGUAUCAAGUCCUUUGUGAUCCAGCAGAUCCCCAGCAGUAAUCUCUUCAUGGUGGUGGUGGACAACAAGUGCGACUGCAGCAUGUUCGAGCCAAUCACCAUGGACCCCAUCGAAAUCAUGUAUAAUGAAUCUCUCAAGUGCGAGAGGUUGAAGAUGCAAAAGGACAGGAGGCGCCCGGAUUCCUGUCACCCUUUUCACCCAGAGGAGAACUCCAUGGAGUGUGGAGGAGCUGCAGGUCUCUCCUCGUCUCUUGUUGCAACACUGCUGUGCAUCCUCCUCAGUCUUUUCUCCAGGUGACCAGAGCUAGCCACGCCUCUCCAUCCAAGACUUGACUUGGAUCGGCUUGGCUCGGAACGCAAAAGAACAGCAGCGAUGCCACAGAAAAAAUCACUCAUGCCCCUUUUUAAAUUGCGCCCAAUUCCAACUCACCACCUACAAAGGCCCACGCCCUGAGGAACCCCUCUCAGCAGGCACUUAUUUGAAAGGAUUGAAAAUGGAUAGCUGUUUAAAUAGUGAUCAUAAAGGUGCUUUAGCAAUAUCACAGAAGCUGCACAGAGAGGUUUUUCGGGGGCGAAACAAAGCUUUUAGGAAGUAAUAAUGCUUACAAUGCACAUCGUAGCUUAUAAACUGCACAGGUGAGCCUCACACCACUAUGUUCAGUACUUUCAGGUAGCAGCUAAGGGCCGCGGUCCGUAGCUGGGCUUGGAACUGGGCAUUAGAGCCACGUAACACCAACUUGUGGAGAGAGACAGGUGCACCUCCCCCCUGGCCAACUCUGAUGGCUUUUUAUGGACAAUAAUGUUUCUGAGGGGAAAAAAAAUACUGAAGACGAUUAAAUGUGGGCCAGGGUUGUAAAGAAA